AUGUCUCGCGACGCAGACGUACAAGCACAUUCGACGGCACACGGCUCAAAGGAGAAGGAGACUCUCGCUCCUGAGGACGGUGGGAGCGCAAGGAAGGGUCGUGGGCUCCUGAACGUACCGUCUAGGUCAUCAUCGCAAAGGAUGCAGCCCUCUUCCACAUCGACCGGCCUCGGCGGAGCGGCGGCCGGCGAAUCCCGGGACAGUGUGGACGGGCAUUCAAAAGAGUCAAAGGGAAGCCAGUUUGGUCGCAGGCGGAGAGGAAGCGCGUCGAGCAACCACUCAGGAGUCGCCAACAGUCAAACAAACACGCCGGCGAACUCGCAGCCCAGCUCGCCGUCUCCACAGUCUCAGAAACGCAAGAAGGGUGGUCUGUUGUCACUUUUUGGAUGCUGCGGCGUCCCGGACAGCGCUAACGCUCUAGAGAAUGGUGACCACCCGCUUCCAAACCACAAGGUUGACAAGAUUCCCAACCGGCCAGCUACUGCCAGUCGGAGGACGGCAACCCCCUCAGACCAGGCGACUCCGACGAAGACUUUGUACGAGAAGGAACAGACGCAGCCGACCCAAAGUACAUCCGACUCGUCAAGAACCAAACGUGUCUCUGCAUCAACAACAAAUCAAGACCAGUCUACGGUGGGAGAGCGCGAAAGCGAGUCGAAGCAGCAGCCAUUGGUUGGAAGUGGCGGUCCUGUUGUCACAGUCCAGCCGCCUCAGGUACCGGGAAUUCCCGAAUCUUCUGCCCAACAGCCCCUGCCACCUUCCAAGGACAGAGACGGAGAUGUCGAAAUGCAGGACGAAGGUGCUUCCCAGGGCGCCGUCGCACAACAAAGCGUCGAAGCUCCUGAGCAAAAACUCCCGCCGCCUCCACCUGGACCGAUACCCGGCUCGAACGCAGCAGAGGAUCCCGUUCCGAGUCCUGACAAUGCCCUGAUCCCAGCGGCUGUUCCCGAGCCACCAGAGCAAAAGUAUCUACUGCCACCUAUUCAGCCCAGGUUUAAGGGCAAGAAGUGCUUAGUUUUGGAUCUUGACGAGACGCUUGUUCAUAGUUCUUUCAAGAUCCUUCACCAGGCCGAUUUCACGAUACCAGUCGAAAUAGAAGGCAAUUAUCACAAUGUUUACGUGAUCAAGCGUCCAGGAGUGGACCAGUUCAUGAAGCGCGUGGGCGAGCUUUACGAGGUUGUCGUAUUUACUGCAUCAGUUUCAAAGUAUGGCGAUCCUCUUCUGGACCAGCUUGACAUCCACAAUGUCGUGCACCAUAGACUUUUCCGCGAGAGCUGUUACAACCACCAGGGCAACUACGUCAAGGAUCUAUCUCAAGUUGGAAGGGAUCUCAAGGACACAAUCAUCAUCGACAACUCGCCCACAUCUUAUAUUUUCCACCCUCAACAUGCCGUACCGAUCAGCAGUUGGUUCUCGGACGCACACGAUAACGAGCUCCUCGAUUUGAUACCCGUCUUGGAAGAUCUGGCAGGGUCCAACGUUCAGGACCUUUUGGAGCGUGUCCGGCGAACUCGAAGGGGUAGAGCGGAAGGGACAGAAAAACCGGGAGUUGGAGGGGUGCCUCGAGGACUUUGUUUUCGCGCUGCCUCAGAGCAGAGUUGGUGGCCGACGCUGUGCGCUCGCCUUCGCUUCCACUUUACUUCAAUCCAGGUUGGAUGA